UAUGCGUGUGAAAUAUUUAUUACAUGAGAAGUUAAAAUAUUUUACUACUGAAUCCGAGAUUGCAGCAAAGAUGAACUCCUUCUGGCUAGUUAGCGUGUGGAGUAUAUUAAUAUAUUAUCUUGAAAAUCCCCCCCCCCCUAAUUUAAAAACAUUUUUUACCCGCUUUGCUUCAUGUACAGCUCUCUUUCUUUUUUCUAUUACUAUAAUUGUUAUGUGCGAAUAAAACUUCAAGGUCGUAAAUCUAAUUACAAACCCUUCAUGCGAAGAUGACAAUGCCCGACAUUUAACGGUUCCGUUAGAUCUGAUCAAAAAUGUGGAAGAUACCGUCGUUUUCUAUCUCGUAACGUGUUUACCUUUUGUGAGUUUUUCCGUUGCUAGUCUUUUAAAGAAUAAAAUGCGUUGUCACUUUUGCAUUUGCAGAGAAACCGCAGAAGCAAAUAAACAGCUUAAAGAAGCAAAAACUUUGAUGUCUAAUUCAUACUUGAUCAGACAAAGCUUUUAAAUCUGUGCAGAUGUAAACGGAGACUUUAGAGGCUUAAAUUACAUUGUAAAGCAACUACAUCAAAACAGAAAUUGGUUUUUAAACAUAUGAAGACCCGGAUAUAUUUAAAGCUGUUCUUGAUCGGUGCUGAAACAAAAAUACAUAUUUAAUAUACACUUAUUCAUUUAAUAUAACAAUGAAGCGCACUGAGUCAGGGCAAAAAGAAAUGGUUCCGGUAGUUCCUGAGAAGAGGGCAAGGUUUGAGCGGACCCAGGAUAUUUUAGAAAAAAGUGGACUACUAGAGAUUACUAAAAAUACUGCACUUCUCAUCAAGAGUAAUCAGCAGGCUCAUAUUGAGUUGCAGCAGCUCAAUCAGGAGGUUCAGGAGUUCGUUAGAUCAGUCUUAUCCAACCCAGAGAACAACGGGUCAACCAACCAGGCCAGAAAUUCCUUCUUGUUGAACCCUCUUGAUCAGCCAGGAACAUCUCCAUCUCCGCAGAUAUCUGUGAUAAAACAACACCAGUCCAGUACUUUUCUUGAAUGUACUUCUAGCCAAGGAGGAAAUUAAAGUAAUUGUAAACGUGUUUUUAAGUGUCCCAAAGAUACUACAAAAAUAUAUGGCAGAAACCUUAA